AUGGCCCUGCUGGCAAAGCGCUGGGGCGCCGCGCGCUUCCUUUUCGUGUCGACCGCCUUCGUGCACGCCGUGCCCGCGGCCACGGUCGCGCUGCAGGAGACAAGUUGGUGGAGCUCCGUGACUUCGACCCGAUGGAGCUCUACCGGGACGCCGUGUCGCACGGCAGGUGGGCCGAGAAGGCGAUGCGCGAGCUGGGCUUCCCGAACACAUUCGAAGAAAGCGGUCGCGGAGCACCUCAUCCUGCAGGCCUGCAACACCGAGGGCGUCCAGGCCCAGAUCGUCCGGCCGUCCAUCGUCACGCCCGCGUGGGCCGCGCCGUACGCCGGCUGGUCUGGUGACAAGCCCUCCACGAUCGUGGCGGCGCAGCUGCUUCUUCUCAAGCGCGGCCUGCGAAUCUUCAGGUGCUCGGCGCACCCGUGCCCUCUGGUGCCCGUGGACGUCGUCGCCUGUGCGGCCAUCCAGGCGCUGGUGACCUCCGCGCCUACCGCGGGCAGCGCUGCGAGCAUCGUGAACGCCACCGUUGACAUAUCCGAGGCCGACAGAGUGCCGUCUUUUCAGCUCCUCGUCAACCGCUUCUACCAGCUGUUGGCGCUGCGAGGCGACGUUUCACUGCCAGAGGCGGGCCUCAUUUUCCGCUUGAACCGGUUGGCAGAGAACGCGACCGCUUUCUGGCUGCUCGACAGGCUCAUGAACGUGCUGCCGAACGCGGCGAUGGCGCUCGGUGCCAAGGCCACUCUCUUCGCAGCGCAGACGGUCGGACUGGACUCCACCGCACUUCAGAAGCAGUGUAAGACGAUGCAGCUCAUCGGACGUUACAGCACGCUCCCGGCGCAGUACGAGCCUUUCAGUUCCCCGUCGUCUGGGUGGCUCUUCCGCUCAAAGGUUCGUCUGCCCGAUGACUGGGACCCCGUGGAGUACAAUGUCCUCAUCCAGCGUGCCGCGAUCUUGUUCGCGGAGUCGAGUGGCAAGUCGACCCCCCCCCCGCGCUUCCCAGCGGACACUUUCCACGACAUCUGCAUCGUGUCGUCGAGGCCUUGGUGGAGCGACGCGCUGGCCGCCCUGAGCAUGCCUGGAUCACCGCUCCUCCUAUCCUGUGCCGACUUCUUGAUCCGGCAGGUGUUGAAGUGGAUGGAUUUGACGGUCAAGGUGGACGCCGCCUCCUUGGUGUCCGCCACGCAGUUGUCGCAGCCGCUCGUGCUGUGCCCGACGCACCGAUCCGUGCUGGACUUUGUCAUCAUCGGCGUCACCUGUUUUCGGCUGCGUCUGCUGCUGCCCCGCCUGCAGGUGCCCCACGUGGCUGCGGAUGCAGAAUUCGCGGGCCUGCCCGUCCUGGGCGGCAUGCUCGGAUCGCUGGGCGCUUUCUACGUGCGCCGUGGUGGUGGUUCGGUGCAGCCGGACCCAGCGCUGCGGGCAGAGGUGAGCCGCGUCUUCCAGAAAGGCCGGCCUCUGGAGGUUUUCCUGGAGGGCCGCCGCAGCAGGGGGCGGCGGCAGCUGCGGCUGCGUUCGGGCCUGCUCCGGGCGCUGCGGGACGUCUCCCAGCGCACCGUGGCGUUGGUGCCCAUCGCGCUCAGCUACGAGCUGCUGCCAGAGGACAACUCGUUUUUCGACGAGCUGAAGGGUUGCCCGCGGCCCCCGCUCACCACCUCCGCCCUUGUCGACUGGGUGCUCCGCGGCAUGUGCGGGGAGCUGCCGUCCUUUGGGGAGGCCUACGUGCGCCUCGGCGCCGCCCACGUGCUCGACGCCUCCGCCGAGCUGCCCGUGCUGCUCUCCGAGGUGCAGGAGCAGCUCGUGACGCUGACGUCUAUCACCGCUCUGCACGCCAGGGCCCUGGCGGAGCUGCUGGAGCUGCCCCCUGCGGCGGUGUCCAGCGCGCUUCGCGGCGGGGGCAUGCAGGUCCGCGAGUCAUGCCUGCCACCGUGCACGCCACUCACUGACUCGGAGCGGUGGUCCCUGGCUCUGCAGACGGCAACGCUCCUGAGGGCCAGGCUGCCGCACCAAUGGGCCCGCUGGCUGGUGGAGCCCGUGUUGGAGAGGGGUAACCCCGACUGCAGCGAGCCGCCGCCCAGCGCCCCCCCCUGCAGCGCUGCCGCCCCUGUGGCGUGCUGCGCGCAGCCAGCCGUGGCCUCCGAGGCUGCUGCGGAGCGUAAUGCCCCUGCCGCCCCUGCUGCCUCGGAGGCCCGCGCUGUCCUGGCUGCGGCGGGAGGCCCCCCGCAGCUGGAUGCGGACGCAGUGGCAGCUUCCCUGGCCCUCAGGCUCGAGGCCGCUGAGGAUGCGGCCCACGACGUGGCGCGUGCGCUGCGGGAUGGCGGCGUCGCCCGGGUCACAGAGGAGCACCUGCUGCAGCAGCUGCUGCAGCCGCACGCCGACCGCCGCGCGCUGCCGCCGCCGCUGGCCCGUGGGGCGGCGUGCAUCGUGGCCGGGCGGCUCGGUCCGGGGAUGGUGAGCGGCUACGGCGUGUCCCGGGAGAAGCCCUCGGUCCUCAAGCCGAUCGCGCCCUUGUGGCCCACGGCGCCCCUGCACACGGAGCAGCGCUGCGACGAGGAGUCCCUGGACAGGUGGGGUUUCAAGGACACUCGCUUCGCGGCGCAGUGGGUGGAUGGGCGGCCCGCCAUCCAGGUGACGUCCACCAGGUACGGCUCCCUGGGGAGGCAGCCCCUGUAUCAGCUCUGGGACCUGUUCCAGAAGGAGCUCCGGGUGUCCAUGAGCGUCCGCGACACGCUGCAGGAGGAGGCGCCCGCGGCCCUGCCGCCGCCCGCGGCGGGCCUCGUCCGGCAGCUGGCGGCGGUGGUGGCGGAGGGCCGCAUCUGCACCGACCCCGAGGCGAGGCUGCGCGCCUGCACCGGCCACGGGCUGGCGGACAUCUGGCGCCUGCGGGCGCGCGCCCUGCCGCGGGCCCCGGACGCGGUGGUUCGGCCCGCCGCCGCCGAGGAGAGGUCGCGGCCGUGCUGGAGGCCGCCCAGGGCGACCCGGGCUUCGCCGUCGUCCCCGUGGGCGGACCAACGUGACGUCGGCGCUGGCGCUCCCGACGCAGGAGGCGGACCCGAGGCCACAGGUUGCCCUGGACAUGCGCGGGCUCAGCCGCGUGCUCUGGGUCAACGCAGAGGACGGGGUCGCGCACGUGGAGGCCGGCAUCACGGGGAGCGCUCUGAAGGAGGCACUCCGCGCGCACGGCGUGAACAUGGGAAUGGAGCCCGACUCGAUGGAGUUCUCCACCCUCGGCGGCUGGAUCGCGACCCGUGCGAGCGGCAUGAAGCGCGCCCGCUACGGGAACAUAGAGGACAUGAUCCUCGAGGUCAGCGUGGCGACCCCCAGCGGCGUGCUCUGGCAGCACCAGGGCACUGCUGGUGGUGCGACGUCGCGCUCGGCCUACGGCCGCGCCUCGACGAACGUCGGGCUGCCCAGCGUGGUACUGGGCAGCGAGGGGUGCUUGGGCGUCGUGACCUCGGCGGUCGUGAAAGUGAAGCCCCUGCCGGAGACUGUCGAGUACCAGAGCGUUGCCUUCUGCGACUGGGAGGGGGGCGCCCAGUGGAUGAGGGAGGUCGCGCGCCUGCCGGCCGCGCUGCGGCCUGCCUCGUGCCGGCUCAUGGACAGCAAGCAGCUCCAGCUGGCGCAGGCCAUCCGCGAAGACGGGUCGAAGAGCAGGCUGGCAUCGGCCGCGAAGGCCGCCGUUCUCAGGCUGAAGGGCGUGCGCCUCGAGGAGGCGGCUGCCGCCACCCUGGUCUUCGAGGGCAGCCGGCUGGAGGUGGCUGCCCAGAAGGCUGCCCUGUCGCCCCUGGUACGGCGCGCAGGAGGCAUGUGGGCUGGCUCCAGCUCUGGCGAGGCGGGGUACGCGCUGACCUUUGCGAUCGCCUACCUGAGGGACUUCGCGCUGGACCACCGGAUACUCUCCGAAUCGCUGGAGACGAUGGCCCCGUGGUCGGUGGUGAAGAGCGUGUGGCCCGCCGUCGUCGCGGCGGUCAGGGCGGAGCACGGAGCAAUGCGCCUGCCCGGGCAGCCGUACCUGACGUGCCGCAUGACCCAGCUGUACGACGAGGGCGCCGUGCUGUACAUGUACCUGGCCGUCAGCACCGUCGGCCUCGCGCCGGAGAAGGCGCUGGAGGCUUUCGAGCGCCUGGAGCGCGCGGCGCGCCGUGCCGCGCUGGACGCGGGCGGCUGCCUGAGCCACCACCACGGCGUGGGCAAGCUCCGCGCGGAGCUCCUGCCGCAGACGCAGGCCCCGGCGUGGUCGGCCGCGCUCCGCGGGCUCAAGGCCACCGUGGACCCUGCCAACGUGCUUGGAGCCCGAAACGGCGUCUGGUCGGAUGCUGCACGUGUCGGGCACGAUGA